CGGCGGCGGAGGCCCGCCGCGUCGGACAGCUGCGGCGGUGGGGAGCUCGUGGCGGCGCGGCGGCCCGCGGCGGAGGAAAGCGCGCGGGAGCGGCUGAAGCGACACCGCACGGAGAUGGCGGGCCGGGUGCGGAUCCCGGAGAUGUGGGGCCAGGAGCGGCUGCUCAAGGACUGGGUCGACUGCGCCGUCUUCGACCGCCCGCUCGCCGCCACCGCGGGGCUGCUCACCGCCCGCGACGCGCUCGUCGCCGAGUGCGCCGCCGCGCGCCGCCCUGCGGUCUCGCACGGCCCCACGGGACGCCCGCUCCGGGUGCAGAACGGCUGCUCGUGAUCAACCGGCCGUGCGUGCAGUUGAGUGCUUUUGUUUUUGCUGCUACCUUCUCCAUGCUUACGUGCAACGUACGUGCUCCUUCAUCUCUGUUCGAACCUCUAUUCUAUUGGCCCGAGUAUGAAACUGAUCGAUGAUGAUACCCCCCAUCGAGUAAUACUCAUGCUUGACUAGCACUGGUGGUUGUAAUUAAUGUAGUUGAUCACCAUUUUUAAGCAUGUCCAAAUUCUUGUUUAAAUGAACCAAUAUAUACUCCAUCAGCUUGGGGUGAAUUCAAGAGAGAUGUCGUUUCUCACAA